UGAAGGACCGUUCGUGAUGACGGUGUUUGUUGAAAGUGCUUUCUAGACUUCCCUAGCACGGCCGUUCUCAAGGUGACGACAACCGAGCCGCCUCCAACAAACCGCAUCACCACCGCGUCGACUCCCCAUAUUGCUUCCUGUGCUCGAGGAUCGCCCGCUUGCUCUAGUUUUCACCUCCCACCUCCUGUACCACAAGCCACCUAUUGCGCCGAUCAACAACUCCACCUCAUCCUCGUCGCGCUGCGCCCCCUCAUAUCGACAAUUAACAAUCAACACACGCACCCCCGACGCCGCCAACAUGUCUGUCGAGUUGGACCCGGUCGAGCUGGGCUUCAAGCGUCCCUUUACCCAGGAGGUCUCCCAGACCCUGCGUCUCAAGAACCCCCAUAGCGAUCCGGUGGCCUUCAAGGUCAAAACCACUGCGCCGAAGCAAUAUUGCGUUCGACCCAACUCUGGUCGCAUCGAGCCCGGCAAAGAUGUCGAGGUUCAAGUCCUACUGCAGGCCAUGAAGGAGGACCCCGCUCCUGAUGCGAAGUGCCGGGACAAGUUCUUGGUGCAGUCAGUCGCUGUGACUGCUGACAAGGAGUUUCACAAUAUCGCAUCCAUCUGGUCUCAUAUCGAGCAGACCUCGAAGUCGUCUAUUCAGGAGAAGAAGAUCCGAGUCAUAUUUCUCCCUGCCGAUGGAUCCACGGCUACCCCCGCCAAAGUGAAUGGCGUAAAGCACGAGGAUGAAUCAACCCUUCAGUCUCCCUCUCCCGAGGCCGUCACCCCACUGCGAUCGAACGCCACCCCCGUGGGAUCCAUAUCCCGCCCAGCAGACCGACCCGCAGACAAUAGCCACCUAGGUGACGCAGUUGCAUCUGCACAUAACCCCGCUACUUCCGGCGAGCGAUCGACCGUUGGCGCCGCAGUCGCUGCAGUCACCAGCGCCGUCCCAACUUCGACUGCCGAGCUCCAGGCACAGCUCACGGAUGCUAAGGCUCAGAUCCUGAAGCUGAAGCAGCAGGUCGAGCAGCACGGCCUGAGACAGCGAAAGGGCGAAGCCGUUGCCCAGGAUUCGACGACCAGGGUUGCAUCCGGCACGACUGGUCUGGGGGUGCAGCAGGCACCUGCAAGUGGCGUCCCAGUCCAGAUCGCGGCUGCUCUGUGCCUCAUUAGCUUUCUCCUCGCAUAUUUCUUGUUCUGAUUCCCCGCAAUGUGCAAGCAUCUCCCACCUGCCAAGACCGUUGGAAUUGCGCAAGUAGCGGCCCCGGAUUUGCCGCUUGAAGAAGCGUGUGGGAUGUCGGCUGAUGGAGAUCAUGCCACGGGAAAAGCGAGCUGAGGAUGGAACGGGGACAGAAGGUACGGUUCUUUUGUUUCUUUUUCUGGUUUCUGCGGCGUGAUAAUCGUGGGGAAUGCUUUUGGAGCCGGCGAGCGUUGUAUGCACUGCGUUUUGGCCUAUAGCGACUAUGGCAAGCACUCGGGGCAAAGGAGCUGUGGAGCUAGGUAAUGAGGCAGCACGAAGAUCACUCUGGGGGCGACACCUGUAUCAACAGUUCAUACAAUCGAAUUGAUGCGUCACGAG